AUGGCUUCACGAUUUCCACGCCAACGAGAUCCCCGCUCUUCCUCAUCGCUAUUCGACUCGUACGGUGGUGGCGACUCACGUCCGGCGAGCAGAUCUCCUGUCCCGUCAGGUGGAUAUGGAUACGGGGGGUAUGCUGGCCCAGCGGCCAAUGCUUAUCCCAACGGGAAUGGUAGCGCGAGUUUCCGCAGUGCGACACCUGAUAAGAAGGGCCACUACUCCGACGCCGUACUCUCCUCGCUUGAAUCCCAAAAUGACGCCGAAGUGGAAGGCAUCACUGCCAAAGUGAAGAUGUUGAAAGAUAUGACGAUAGCCAUCGGCGACGAGAUCCGCGACACCACGUACCUAAAUACCCUCGAAAACUCCUUCGAGAGCACCCGGGUAAAGCUCCGCGGGAAUAUGAAUCGCAUGCUGCGCAUGGCGGAGCGUACUGGUGUCGGGUGGAAGGUCUGGCUGGGCUUUUUCGCCGCUGUUUUCUUCCUUUUCUUCUAUGUGUGGGUAUUCUAG